UGGGAUAGCGGAUGUAAUUCAGAGUGCCAGUUCCUACUAUUGGUUUUAAAGGUUUGUUCAGGGAUUUGUCAAGCAUUUAUAUUUACAUUCGAUAUAGUUGGUCUUCUGGAGAAACUUGAUGUAAUCAGUUACAAAGCUGCAUGUAAGAGUAGUUACAGUUACAACAGAUGGAAGAGAAACGGGACAAGAGAAUAGGCAAAUCAGGCCAUUUAUGGCUAAGUGCUCGACGAAAGAAAAGAAAAGCAACGGCUGCUAUCGCAUACCAGCAAGAGAGAAAAAAAAGAAGACUUGAAGAAAUCUCCACAUUUCCAGAGGAGGUAACGUGGACGCUAACGAGUUCGGGAAACGAGAACGAUGAUUCGUCAGCACCUGGUACAAGUCAGACAGAAAGCGGAAUUUUCAACUUGAUAACUCAAAAAGAGCUAAUGCAUGAAGCUGCUGCUAGCCAGCAUACAGAAGAGAAUCUUGGUCAACAUAAUCAUGCAGAUUUGGAACACGAAUGUGACGUUUCCGAAGAUGAAGUACUUUCUACAAAGCUGAAAACUAUGAGUAAAAACAUACCUGAAGUAGAAGAGGUACUACAGGAAGAUGGGAUACACACGAAGUGAGUAAAAUUAGUAUCGGUUCUACCUUACUAGUAAUAAUCUGGUUGAAUGUAGGCCAGUACACAUUCCAUAAUGCUACCGUAUCAUAAAUUUUCUGGUUUUUAAUUAAUAAUCAAAGUUACAUUACU